AUGUUUCCACUUAGUCCAAAUCCAACUCAAGUUUAUGAAUUAGAAAACACAUCGUUCCUCUUGAGACUCUCGUUGUCUUACGUCAAAGUCAAAAGCAGAGAAAAAAGAAAGGAAAGUGAUGGUCUGACACAUAAACAUGAAGAAAAGAAGGUUCGACAUGAAAAGCAUUUGCUUAAAACACCGCAUAAUUGCCAUCCCUAA